GUGUGGCCAGUGAGUUCUUUGACAGGCCUGAGACAGUGAAGGCAUACUGUGAGCUUUAUCACCUGUUUUAUGGUUUGAUUGAGAUCGUGUUAUUAGUGCAUACUUUUGCGGCACAUAUAUCCACACUGUGUGAAAUUGCUCCACGAUUUGGCUGUACUUUGGUCACCAGAUACAUGCAUCAGCCAGUAGUACAACACAACAUGCCAGGAUUUAUACAGUUGCUGAAAACUCUGUGAAUUAUCUUUGAAUGUGCUAGUUUAUGGAGCUCCACUUUUUCAUUCCACCGGCCAGCCAGGAACGAAUUCUUGAUCUUCAGCCGAAUAUUUCAUCGUCAUAAGCUGUCUUUGUCGUUUGGUCUGAUUUUACAAGUGAACUGAUAUGACAUGAUAAGUGAACAUCCUUCUUAUCAAGAAUUUUGAAGAACGUCUGUAGAUCAAGAGUGCACACGGAAUAUGUUGGAGGACUGUUGUUGGAGUAAUGCUGUAGUGCAGUAAAAUCUUCAGUUUGAGAGUUUUAUGUGAAUCAACACUUGAAUAGCACAGAACUUCCUGAUUAACAUCCUACUUUGUGACAGUCAACUGAUCCGACCUACUCUGGCCAUCAACGUAGCCAGCUCGCCGAUUGUAUGGCAACAUCAACGCUAGACAGCACAGGCCACUCCGACUACCUGACUGCAAUAUGCCCCCAGCCCCCCUGCCAGUCGCAGCCCCAGCCCCGGCCGACCACGACGUGUAGCACCUCAUCCGUGGAGGAGGACUCACGCGAUCGGGGCUACGGUUCCAACGAGGCGUUGCGGGCUUACGAGCGGGAGAUCCGGCGGGGGCUGGAGCGCGUGCCCAGCUCAGCCAUGGAUGAAGCAGAAACAGCCAGUUAUCACUCCUUGACAAGCCAGGGGGAAGAGACCAGAGUGCCCUAUGCCAGGCCUCCUAGCUGUGGAUCGGAUGUGGAUGGGGACACAGAGAGCGUGACAGGGACCUGCGCUGAUAAACUCAUCCGAGAAGCUGAUAACUUCCUUCAGUCGGCUGACGGGAACUCCGCGGGAUCGGAGAGCAGCAGCGGGUCGAGCUUGACUCUGACGGAGACGGAACAGGAGCAGGAAAGUCCCCGGAACACGCCGGCCAGAAAGAGGGGGAUCCGGGGAAAGCACAAAGGCAAAGGCCACAAGUCGGCCAAGCAACCCCAAGAACCACCCCCAGCAGCUGAACCGCCCAUUCCCAUGCAGCCAGUCUACCCUCCGCAGCACCCAUCAGACCCCAACGUAGACUCCACCGAUGCCCGCAUCCACCCCCACGCCCAGCCCUUCCACCCAGCCGUGAACGUCAACUACACCCCGACGCCCCACAGCAACGGGAUGGGGAUCCCGCCCUACUACCACACGCUGGAACGCAGCGAGGGGGAGCAGGAGACCACGUUCCAUGGGAACAACUCCAUGCCGGCUACCAACGUCAUCACCAACCCCAUGCUUGGCAUGACGAUGAUCAGCUCCACGAUGCCUAGCAGAGCGGUUCCAGCCAUCCCGUCCAGUCCCAACACCAACAUGACCGGCGGCUCCAGAAUGAACAACUUCCAGCCGCGGCGAGACGACUCUCUGAUGUCCCCUCACCCGUACAGUACUAUCAACUCCUCCAGGCAAAAUACCGCCACAAGGGGCUUCUAUGAAUUCCCCAACAACGGGACCUCCUCGACCCUCCCCCCGGUUCCCGGCUUCACGGCACUCUACAACGACAAGAGACCCAACAGCAACACACAGCAACUCAAAUACCGGCGAGUGGCCCACACAAAACAGGGACUCAAAUCCUGGAAGUGCGCAGCGCUCCUACUAGCUGUCAUAUCGUUUGCCCUCGCUGCUACGGUUAUUUAUUUAGCAGUAGUAAGCAUCUCCGUCAACCAGUGUCGGGUGGAGACUGUGGAGAACAUUUUAACAGACUGCAAAUCAACAGCAGUCGUACCCAGCACACAGGGACUUACAGCAACUACCAAACGCCCCACGACUGCAGCGCCCACCCAGCCCCAACCCACCCAGCCGUCAGCGAUUGCUCUCAACGCCCCGUCCAGGGUUCUGAUCCCACCAGGGGACUUCUGGGUCUCAGCGCUUCCAAUCAACACCCAGCAGUACGUGCAAUUGAACCUGACCAUCCCGCUCCGGUCCAACUUCGCCAUCUUCGGCCAGCGCCGGGCACCGCCCACGCACACGGAGUACGACUUUGUGCGCGUGCACGCGGGGAGCCGGUGGCACGACACGCAGCGCGGGAAGCGUGACGUGCAUGAUGAACGCAAGCAGUUUGUCCUGGACGGCAGGAAGGGACGUAAGCAUCACGACGUCAUCAUCAAGGAGGAUUUCCUCAAGGGAUUUGACAGAAGCAGGCGGUCCAGCGUUCUUCCAGACACGACGUUAUCGUUUAUUGAAGAAAUGGUGCCAGGACUGUGGUUUGUCGGUGUUUACAAUGAUGGCGAAGCAACGGAAGAAGUGGCACUUGAAGUAUCAGACAGAGAUACCUGGGACGAUGGCCAGCGAUGCCCACGUGGUUGCAGCGGGCACGGAGAGUGUGUGCUAGGACAGUGUGUCUGUGAUCAGGCCUACAUCGGUGAAGAUUGCUCCCAAGGUAUAUGCCCGGUACUCUGCAGUGGCCAUGGCCGGUACGCCCACGGCGUCUGCGAGUGCUUCAGCAACUGGAAGGGGCCUGAGUGCAGCGUACGCAGCGAGCAGUGCCUCGUACCAGACUGCAGCGGGCACGGCCAGUGCGUGCUGGGAGAAUGCGUCUGCUCCAGGGGAUAUAUAGGACAGGCUUGCGAAGAAGAGGUUCACGAGUGUGGCAACAACACAGACUGCGGCAUCCAUGGCCAGUGCGACACAGGCAUGUGCCGAUGUGAGAAGGGCUGGACCGGCGAGCACUGCUCACAGGAGGCCAGUUGCCUGCUGCCAUGCUCCCCUAGAGGGCGCUGUGUGGACGAUUCCUGCGUCUGUGAGCUGGGCUGGAAUGGCAGGCUUUGUGGGCUGGAGGGUUGCCCAGAUGGCUGUAACACCCACGGUGACUGCCAGUUUGUGGACAUGCGGUGGCAGUGUGUCUGCACGGGGCCGCACCGCGGCAAAGCCUGUGAGAUCACCAUGGAAACGGCCUGCUCCGACGGACAAGACAAUGAUGGAGAUACCUUGAUGGAUUGCCUGGACCCCGACUGUUGCCAUGAUGACUUCUGUGCCUCCAGUAUCCUCUGCACGACGUCGCCAGACCCAGGGACCAUCCUGGGCCGUGACGCCAUGUCCCUAGUCACCCCGCCGUUGUCCUUCUACGAUCGCUACAAGUUCCUGGUAGAGGCAGACAGCGUGCAGACGGGGGCCAUGCUUGACGACGUGGAUCCAAGCCACGUUGCAGUGAUUCACGGCCGACUGGUUGGUGAGGAUGAUGGACCUAUCACUGGCGCCAGGGUGCAUGUAGAAAUCCAGCCCUCGCUGGGCUAUACCUACACCAGACAGGAUGGAAUGUAUGAUCUGAUGGUGCUGGGUGGGGGCUCCAUCCGUCUGAUCCUUGAGCGUCAGCCCUACCACCAAGCCACCAAGUACAUCUACAUCCCUCUGCAGAGCUUCAUUCACGUCGACGACAUCACGAUGUCAGCGACGUCCAGCACGGCUGCCGACAGCAACAUUUUCAGCAGUCACCACGCCGCGGUGUGUGCUGGGGAGGAUUUCCCUGUACCGGAAUUCAAGAAAAUCAGCGCUGUCGGGAGCGAGGAGGGGACAUGUCGUGAGGAAGGCUUCUCUGUAGAUCAGAGGGCAAUCCAUGAGCAGGUCCCCAUCUCCGGCACCAAGCUGACCCUAGACUACUUCAGCCAGAGCGGCCCCGGUCAGCCCUCUAUGCUGGCCCUCAAACUGACCCCACCCUCCCUGCCCCAGAGUCUGGAGAUGGUCCACGUCAGCGUCAGCCUGGAAGGCAGGAGGUUCCAGGACACUCUCAUGCCAGAGGAAGGAAUGGAGUACACGCUACGCUGGGACGGGAGGAACGUGUACGGACAGACAGUGUAUGGAAGAGCUAUUGCCAUAGUUUCUGUUGGCUAUGAGUACCAAGGCUGUGAUGACAUCAUUUGGAGGAAGCAGCGAAUCGCAAUUGACGCACCUGACUGGGGCUCCAUGGAUCUAGGCGGCUGGCAGCUACCUGUCCACCAUAACUACAAUCCAGAAAAAGCUAUCCUGAGCCUUGGCACAGGCCAGCGUGUGUUCUACCACCACCAGCCGGCCACCAUCCAAUCCAUCAUGGGCAAUGGUCGUCAGCGUAACGAGGACUGCUCGCAGUGCGCGGGCCGAGCCAAGAACAACCGCAUGCUGGCACCCAUCGCCCUGGCCAGCAGUCCUCAGGGUGAUGUUUACGUCGGUGAUUCCAACUUUGUCCGGAGAAUUGACAAGUACGGCAAUGCCACCAACGUUCUGCAGUUGAGAUAUCAGCCCUCCUACAAGUACUACCUGGCCGUGAGCCCCCUGACAGGCGUCCUGUAUCUCUCAGACGGACAGACCCGCCAGAUCUACCAGAUCAGGAAGCUAGCCAACAUCCCCAACGUCUCCAGCAACCUGAUGCUGGUGGCCGGUACAGGAACCCCCUGCCAACCUCUGGAUCCUGAUGGCUGCGGCGAUGGGGGGUCGGCCACGGAUGCAAAGCUGCUGGAUCCCAAAGGCAUCGCUGUUGGUAGAGAUGGAACCAUAUACUUUGUUGAUGGAACCGUAGUCCGGAAGAUCCAAGAUGGCAUCAUCACAACAGUAGUCGGGUCCCAUACCUGGGUCGGGCCAACCAGACUGCCGAAAUGCUCCGACAGCAUGUCCUUCGAUCAGGUGAAGCUUCAGUGGCCAACUGAUAUUGCCAUAAAUCCCAUUGACGACUCCAUUUACGUUACCGAUGAAACGGUCAUCCUACGGCUAGGGAAAGACGGUUUAGCAUCGGUCUUCGCUGGUGUUCCCCCCAAUUGCCCCUUUGAUGGUGCCCCACAGUUAGGCCCCUCUGAUGAAGAUCACAUGAUCAGCGGCGUCCAAUCAGGACCCAAGUUGGCCACGCAGGAGCAGUUGAUGCUGCCUAGUGCCUUAGCCUUUUCAAGCACUGGUGAGCUGUUUGUAGCCGAGACGGAUAACCUCCAUCUGCACCGCGUCCGCCGCAUCACCACGGAUGGAAUUAUCUCCUGGUAUGCCGGCCGAGACUCGGAAUGCGACUGCCGUGAGGAGGAGUGCAUCUGCUUUGAUCAGGAUCAGCUCUUCGCUGUCGAUGCCAACCUCAACACUCCCGUUGCCUUGACUGUAACCCCAGACAACGACCUCAUCAUCGCGGACCAGAGGAACCUCCGCAUCCGCAAGGUCACCUUAGACAUCCCCAAGCUCGACGAAGAAGGCCACUAUCUCCUGGCAUCACCAGAUCGUCGCGAGAUCUACCGCUUUGACCAGCGGGGAUUCCACCAGACCACGUGGGACACCCUCACGCAGCUGGCAUCCCGCAACCUGUCCUAUGAUGGCAACAUGAAGCUACGGUCAGUCUCUGAUGGACCCGGAAACGAUUUGAGGAUCAUCCGUGAUGAUAACGGGUCUCCAUUGAGACUGCUGCCAUCCAGCGGCGAUAUUGUCGAGCUGACCCUGAACAGUCAGGGCUUGUUGACGGGGACUGCCAAUGGAGAUGGGAGUCAGGUUACCAGACUGGAGUAUCAUGAUUCCGGUGAAGGUCUGCUGAUGGCAAAAUACAGUGGCAAUGUACUACAACACGUCUAUGAGUACAACAAGCAAGGGUUAUUGGAGACAGUCACGUGGCCAACAGGGGAGGUGACCAAGCUACGAUCCAGGACCAACGACUCUCACUCCAUCGUUGAGAUGACUGAGCCAGGCCGGGCUGACUUCAUCAGCUCCACGCUGCAGCACACUUGGCUGACGGAGCAGACGCUACUGCAAGCGGACCUGAUGGCCACCAUCAUCCAAUCACGCCAUGACGGCCAGUUCUCCCUCAGCUACCCCAACGGUGUCACCGUCCAACUGCAGCGGGAUUCUCACCCAGUCUACGAGGAUGACCCUUACGCCGUCAUGACCAAACGCAAGAUUGUCCUGCCCGAGGACCUGGUCAACCGGCUGGACUGGCGAUACUACGGGCGGAGGGGAGGUCAAGACAGGCGGAAGAUACUGGUCAUCGGCCGGAAACUGCGGAUCAACGGGGAGCACGUCUUCACUCUGGAGUACAACCGCUUCACCAAGACGGAGACCCUCCAGAACGCGGACGGCAUCCCAAUACUCAUCAUUACCCACGACGCAACGGGGCUACCCAUCGAGUGGCUCCCCACACAUGGCCUGAAACCCACCAACGCGACCUAUGACCCUCUGGGCCGGCUCAUUCGCUGGCAGCGGGGGUUGAUGUUUGAGGCCUUCUCGUAUGACAUUGAGGGAAGGCUGGUUGGGCGUCGCCAUGGGAAUGACAGCAUGUGGAAUUUUGCGUAUGAGAGAGCUGUUCAGCCAUCACAAACCACUGUGCCCAAUGGCCAGCACUACGCCAUGCUGUAUGACAACUCUGGCAAUCUGAAGAUGGUUACCAUGCCGACAGGAGCACGCCAUCGAAUCAGAACCGUGAUCUCCCUCGGCUACACCAGAAACAUUUACUCCAGUGAGGACAAUGCACCCUGGGUAAUGCAGGACCUCAGCCAAUCAGGUCACCUCCUGCAGACCUACUUUCCCGGGACGGGACGCCGCACCACGUACAUUUACGACAACAAGGAUCGCAUGGCUGACGUACUCUUUGAGGAGACGGCCGUGGAGUACAGUUACCACAGCAACACAGACCAGGUGAAGACGAUCGAGCUACAAGAGGGGCGAUUCCACAAUUCCAUGCGAUUCGUGCACAAUGGACCGCUGGUGGAACAGAUGCUGGUGCGCACGACCGGUUUCGAGGGGUUGAUGAAUGCGCGAUACGAUUACGUCUACGACGCGACUUUCCGUGCGGCAACCAUCUCUGCUGAGUUCAACACAACGGUGCUGCCGCUGAAAGAAAUGAGAUUUGACAGCGAGACAGGCAGAGUGGAACAAAUGGGGUUCUUUACGGUGACCUACCCAGAUGCCGUCACUCAGAUCAUGGCGGAUUCCUUCUUCCAGUUGAGGAAACAGUAUGGCACGUAUGCAUUGCUGCAAGAAGUCAGUUACCAAAUCACCGGAGUGGGCACUAUCGCCAGCAUGUCACUUUUGUAUCAUUUAACCGGCCGUAUGGCUCAGCGUGUGCUGACAAUGCCCAACGAGUCCCACACCACAAAGUAUUUCUUUGACGUCAACGGCCAGUUGGAAGAAGUCACGGUGGACGAUCGCUUAAUGUGGAAGUAUACAUAUGACAACAAUGGCAACAUCGCUUCACUGAGCCAUCAGGGUUCAAUUGAAACAUUGGACUAUGAUGACCAGGACCGCAUCACCAGGGUCGGUACCACUGAUUACCGGAUGGAUAGUGAUGGCUUCCUGACCCAGAGAGGAGAAGAGAUCUUUGAGUACAACUCCAACUGUCUUUUGGUGCAUGCUUACAAGCCCCAUGUCUACGACAUCCGCUACAAGUAUGAUGGCGUGGGCCGGCGCAUCUGGCGUAAAGACCACACGGGCCGGCAGGUCCAGUUCUUCUAUGGCGACAUCACUAAACCCACCCGCGUCACCCACAUCUAUGACCACAUGGCCCGCGAGAUGACCUCUCUGGAGUAUGACCUCCAGGGCUUCCUGUUUGCUAUCCGUCGGGGCCAGACACAGCUGUACGUGGCGUCCAAUCACGUCGGCUCCCCCAUUGCUGUCUUCAAUGCCAACGGGGAAAUCCUCAAAAGACUCACCCUGGAUCCUCUAGGUAAAGUCCUGAGUGACUCGGACCCAACGUUUCUUCUCCACAUCGGCUUCCAGGGAGGCAUCUACGACUCGCUAACAAGACUGGUCCAUUUUGACAGAAGGGACUACGAUCCCAUCUGUGGCCGAUGGACGUCACCCGACCUCAACUUCUUCAAGGACAUCACACAGACUUCCAGGACUAAAGCAUUCAACAUGUACACAUUCAAUGGAAACAUCUUUGUUGGAAGUGAUACAGAGAGCCACUACCUGUCAGAUCUGUGGAGUUGGUUCCCAGUGUUGGGAUAUGACAUCAACAACAUGAUCCCCCAGCUGAAUCGCAACGGCCAGAUCGAGACGAUUGACUCUCAGCGCUCAGCCUGGAAGGACAGCACGGUCAUGACAUCCUGGGCAAAGCCCUGCACUGCCCUUGACUGCCAGGGAAGCCUUCACAUGGACAUGAUGUACACCAACUUCCACGCUCUGCCCAUCGACCACUUUGCCAGGGACUCUAAAACCUACACUCCACCCCCUGUCAAAUUCACCAGUAGCCCCGCCCUCAUUGGAGGGAGCGUCCUGCUGACGCUCAACCGCGACAAAAUUGACGUGGAGGUGUUCGGGGCCAUCGGAGAGACAACGGAGAAGCUGGUCUCCAUAGUAACCGGGGCUGAAAUCCUGGAGAAGUUGCGCCACACGCAGGAUGGGCGCGAUGUGCAGUAUUUUGUGAAGUCCAACGACGCGGAGGACGACUUGGACGCGCUGGAUUUGAUUCCGGAAGUUGCAAGCUUGAACAUGAUUCUCAAUGAUGGGAGAAUGGUGGUGGCAGCAAGGUCGUCACCUCAAGCCAAUGCCACGAUCAUUACGCUACGGACGGAAUACAUAGCCUGGAACUUCAUGUACGGUAUCACGUCAGACGCUGCCAGAACUAUGGUGCUAGCCCAGGCUAAGGAUGUGGCCAUUGCCCAGGCCUGGCAAAAAGAGAAAGUCAACAUUUUGAACAACCGGCGGGGCACGAUCAACUGGACCGCCGUGGAAAAGGCGGCCAUCUUACAAAAUGGCUUCCUGCCCACCUAUGAGGGGCAGUACACACUGGACCCAACGGUCUUCCCAGAAAUGGCCUUUGAUGGAAAUGCCAUACGACUCGUCAGGGUGCCUCAAAAUCUACAAACGUAGCAUUGACGCAACUUGGACAAGCCUGAGGAAACUAUUGGCGUCUUUCUCGAAGUUCCACAUGCUGUUUAUAAUUCAGCAGAUGUUUUCUGAAAAAUAGCGUGUCGUUAUGUAGCACCUCUGCUGGAGUAGUAUCCAUCACCUUCACGGGCCAUUGAGUCCUAUAGUGCUUCCAUAGAACUGAGAUGAUUUCAAAGAUGCAAGCUUUAAGGACUGUCAAUCUCAGCUGGAUUUUUACCACUUUGGUUCUUCAAAGAUGAAGAAUAAUGCAAAUUUGUUAACCGCACCAACGGCUACAAGUUUCAAUUGUAGAGUAGCCUUAUGCUUUUCAAAAGAAAACAUAAAACUGAGUGAAGGAAUGUAUUCAAGUCUUGUGACUGGGAUGAUGACAUGGACAAGUUUCAGUAGAAGAGGCAAUAAGGCCUGUUACAACAUCUGCAAAUGUGUAUGAGAAUUAUCUCCUGCUACUCCAUUGCAGUGUGUGUUGUGUUCACUGGAGAUCAAAGAAGUAAAAAAUAUGCCCUGCUUCCUUUAAUAUGCAGGACCGUGUGAUUAGCAAUUUUAAAGGUCUACCUGCACUAUUGCAAAUCUCUACUUAUCAAGAAGCUAACUUGGUGGAGGUUUUUUUUUUUACCUCUAAACCUGUCAUCAAAAAGGGAGAUCGCCUCAAUAUGCAUUGCGAGAUCUUAAAUGAACUGUCUGCAUUUUCUUGUGUGCUGUAUUGACAAGACAACGCUACCACAUGCAUACUUAAUGUGCCAUAUGUUUAUAUAUAUAUACCAUUUACGCUGCGAAAAAAUAUGUGCUUCUGAUAAUUCAUCAGAAUUUAAUUUGUAAAAACUAACCGUUUUUUACCUGUACAUGUGUAUAACUAUUAUGAUUGGUCAUCAGUUUUCCAAUCAAAAAAAAUGUCGUGAUUUAAAUAAACUUGUGAAUAAAAAUAUAAUAUGUAAUUUAACUUUUGUGAGAAAAAUCAUGAAAUGAAAGAAAAAAGUGUAAUUUAUAUCAGAUGUUCGUUUGAAUGAAUAUGAAAAGUGGCAACCCUAUAUAAGGUUGAAUUAUAAGAAAUUAGGACAAAAAUUGUAAAUAGAAUUUAGAUACACAAUCAGUAAUGCUAGCUUAUUUGAAAACCACCAUUUUUUAUACUGGUGAAUGACACAUUUCAGCAUAUGGGAAUAGUGGAUUAACACAUAUGUAAAUAGGUUUGGGAAAAAAUGGUUGCAGAAGCGGGAUCUUCUGUUUGAUUUUUGUUAACUCAGCAAUUUUGGUAAACAAAGCAUUUGAAAGUCUGCUCAGUUUUGAGCAUUAUUGGAGGGUUUCUUGCGGCAUUUUUAUUUUGUGUUGACCUGUUAAAUUUUAUGUUUAAAUGUAGAUAUAGUAAUACUCAUAAUGUACAUGUACUUAUGAUACAUGUUUUGAACAGCGAACGUUUUGAACGUGUUUAUUAGUUCAAGACACUUUAGGACAAUUUUUCACAUUUGUUAUCAUAUUAGAAAGUAACAAAUCACUUAAUUGCAUGACAAUCAUUUUUGAAAGAUAUUUCAAGAACUGCUGUAGGUAAAAUAGGUAGAAGACGUGAAUGACUUAAAAUACUGACAUUUUAUUUAUGUUGCUAGAGUAUAUGCCAAAUUUAUUUAAAUGUAAUGUGCAUUUUAAACUAGGUCUUUUGUGUUUCAGUUUAUCAUGGAAAGUAGAAUUUCUGAGUUUGCAAAAAUGUGGGUUUUCCAUAAAAAUUGCAGACUCUGUGGUAGACAGUUAUACAAGCAAAAGGUUGAUAUUUUUAUACCUAAAUAGUAAGCAUGUACAUACCUUUUAUUAACAAAAACAAAGUAAUUUGUAUGUACAAAUAUGAAAGACAAAAGUUCUAUUCAUUGACAUGUCCUUUAUAAAGCAAGGGAUUCAUUGUCAUAUUGAAUAAGACUGAAAAUUGUUUUUUCCUGUAUGAGUCUAGAACAACUGUUGCCAUAAAUUACACCUUGUUGAAAAGUCAGGGUACAUACUUUCUCAGUUAGAAAAGUUCCCUUCAGUUCCUUCAAGUUAAACGGGAAAAAACACAGGGUACCAGACAAUUAAAAUCAUGUAUUACAUUGUAAUUACAUCAGAGACUUGACAAGAAUGUUCCUUGCAUCAAAUAUAUCUGAUAUUUCACGUUAGAUUUCCUACUCUGUUCAGUCGGUAAGUGUAAGUGAUUACAGUGCUAUGCAAUCUAAAUUCUUAUUUUAUGUCAAUCUUUAAUUGUUAUUUUAAAGCUGUAUAAGAAAUCCAUUACAAUAUAUAGGCUGCCAUUUUACAGAGAAGUUUAAACAACAUGUUUAUACAUUGUACUUGGCUGAACCUUUUCUUUGCUAUGUUUAGUACUAAAUUUGUAUUUCGUGUCUUGUUUUUGCAUGUUCUUAUUUUAUAUGUAUAUUUUCUGGAUGGUCUUGCAUUGACUCUCAUCCUGUGUGUUCUUUACAACAACUCUUAAAAUACUUUAGCCAAAAAUACUGUAGUUUAUGUAUUUCUACUCCUUUUUAUGAUGUGACUUAUCUGGUAGAGUGGUGCUCAUUUUAUUAGAUAAAAAAGCUGUGAAUAUUGUGCUGAUAGUCGAACUUGAUGUACAUACUCUUCACUCAUCACUUGUUAAUGUUAUCCCCGUAUCUUUUUUCUUUACGUUGCAAAGGUUUUCAAAAUGGCAUGUGUAUUCUGUAUUAUGCAUCCUUGAAGUUUAGCUGGAAGUUUCCUCUAAAAUAGCUGCUGUUUUUCUCUGUAGCAGCCUGGCUGGUAGUGAACUAAAUUGCAAAAUUGUUAAUAAUGAUGUAAGCAUUAUUUUUGUACAGCGCUGAUGUGGAGAAGGUUUAAGCCUUGUCCAGUUUUGAGAAUAAAUAAUUGAUAAAAAAAAA